AUAGGAGAACUAGUGUGAGUUGUUUGUUUCUAAAAUCUAAACCCUAGAGAGAGAGAGAGAGAGAGAGAGAGAGAGAGAGAGAGAGAGGGUGAGAGUGUUACUGUGUUUGUGCAUAGCAGAAGAGAAGAGCAGAGAAGAGAUGGAUCUGGGCGUUGUGCUGCAAGCUGCUCUGAGUCCCAACCCGCAAGAGAGGAAGGCGGCGGAGCAGAGGUUGGAUGAGCUGCAGCAAUCCCCACAGCAUCCGGUGAACCUCUUCCAAAUCAUCGUUGACAACAACGUUGACAUCUCACUCCGCCAAGCCGCUUCCAUUCAUUUCAAAAACUUCAUUGCUAAGAAUUGGUCUCCCAUUAACGAUAUCAACAACAACAACAACAACAUCAAUAUCAACAUCGUCACUGUCGACAAAGACCUUCUCAGGAAUCACAUUCUCCUUUUUCUCGCUCAGCUCCCUCCUCUCCUGCGAGUUCAGAUUGGCGAAUGCCUCAAAACAAUCAUUCACAAUGACUAUCCCGAUCAGUGUCCUCAUCUCCUCCAUUGGAUCAAGCACAAUUUACAAGACCAACAAGUCUACGCCGCCUUGUUUGUGCUUCGGAUUCUUUCUAGAAAAUACGAGUUCAAGUCAGACGAGGAGAGGACCCCCGUUUAUCACAUUGUUGAUGAGACGUUCCCUCACCUUCUCAAUAUUUUUAACGGUCUUCUCCAAAUUGCUAAUCCAUCAAUUGAAGUAGCCGAGUUGAUCAAGCUUAUCUGUAAAAUAUUCUGGUCUUCCAUUUAUUUGGAGAUCCCGAAGCUUUUGUUUGAUCAAAAUGUAUUCAAUGCUUGGAUGCUUCUGUUUUUGAAUGUGUUGGAGAGGCCUGUUCCCUUGGAGGGUCAGCCUGCUGAUCCCGAGGUUCGAAAAUCGUGGGGUUGGUGGAAGGUUAAAAAAUGGACGGUUCACAUUCUCAAUAGGCUCUACACUCGUUUCGGUGAUUUGAAGAUGCAAAACCUCGAAAACAAAGCCUUUGCUCAAAUGUUUCAGAAACAUUAUGCUGGGAAGAUCUUGGACUGCCACUUAAAUCUGUUGAAUGUCAUUCGGGUUGGUGGCUAUUUACCUGACAGAGUCAUCAACCUGGUUCUUCAAUAUCUAAGCAACAGUAUUUCAAAGAAUAGCAUGUAUGCUGCACUGCAACCUCGGCUUGAUGUUCUUCUUUUUGAAAUAGUUUUCCCUCUUAUGUGCUUUAAUGAUAAUGACCAAAAACUUUGGGAUGAAGAUCCACACGAAUACAUAAGGAAAGGCUAUGACAUUAUUGAAGACUUGUAUAGUCCUAAAACUGCCUCCAUGGAUUUUGUGAGUGAGUUGGUUCGAAAACGUGGGAAAGAUAAUCUUCCCAAGUUUAUUCAAUUCAUAGUUGAAAUUUUCAAAAGGUAUGAUGAAGCACCUGCAGAAUACAAGCCCUAUAGACAGAAAGAUGGUGCGCUUCUUGCUAUUGGGACACUUUGUGACAAAUUAAAGCAAACUGAGCCUUACAAAUCUGAACUUGAGCGUAUGCUAGUGCAACAUGUCUUUCCUGAGUUUGGCAGUCCUGUUGGCCACCUUAGAGCAAAGGCAGCAUGGGUUGCAGGACAAUAUGCCCAUAUUAGCUUCUCAGAUCAGAACAAUUUCCGAAAGGCAUUGCAAUGUGUUGUAUGUGGAAUGCAUGAUCCUGAACUUCCUGUCCGCAUUGAUUCUGUUUUUGCAUUGCGUUCUUUUGUUGAAGCUUGCAAAGAUUUGAACGAAAUUCGACCCAUUCUACCUCAACUCCUUGAUGAGUUUUUCAAACUUAUGAAUGAAGUUGAGAAUGAGGACCUUGUAUUUACUUUGGAGACUAUUGUGGACAAGUUUGGGGAAGAAAUGGCACCUUAUGCACUUGGGCUGUGCCAAAAUUUGGCAGCUGCAUUUUGGAGGUGUAUGAACACUGCUGAAGUUGAUGAUGAAGCCGAUGAUCCGGGUGCUCUGGCUGCUGUUGGUUGUCUGCGUGCUAUUAGCACAAUACUUGAAUCAGUGAGCAGUCUUCCUCAACUUUUUGUUCAAAUUGAGCCAACUUUGCUUCCCAUAAUGCGUAGAAUGUUAACAACCGAUGGUCAAGAGGUUUUUGAAGAAAUUUUGGAGAUUGUAUCAUACAUGACUUUUUUCUCUCCAACAAUAUCAUUGGACAUGUGGAGUCUUUGGCCAUUGAUGAUGGAAGCACUAGCAGAUUGGGCAAUUGAUUUCUUUCCAAAUAUUCUGGUUCCUUUGGACAAUUAUAUUUCAAGGGGAACUGCCCAUUUUCUUACUUGCAAAGAACCUGACUACCAACAGAGUCUAUGGAAUAUGAUUUCAUCUGUUAUGGCAGACAAAAAUAUGGAGGACAGUGAUAUUGAGCCAGCUCCAAAGCUCAUUGAAGUUGUCUUUCUGAACUGCAAAGGGCAGGUGGAUCACUGGGUUGAGCCAUAUCUCAGAAUUACUGUUGAACGCUUGCAUCGAACUGAAAAAUCAUAUUUGAAAUGUCUUCUCAUGCAAGUGAUUGCAGAUGGUCUAUACUACAAUGCAGCACUGACUCUAAGCAUAUUGCAUAAGUUAGGCGUUGCAUCAGAAAUCUUCAAUCUUUGGUUUCAUAUGUUGCAAGAAGUCAAAAAGAGUGGUGUGCGUGCUAAUUUUAAAAGGGAACAUGACAAAAAAGUUUGUUGCCUUGGUUUAACAUCAUUGCUUGCACUUCCAGCUGAUCAAUUGCCAGGAGAGGCAUUAGGCCAGGUGUUCCGAGCCACUCUUAAUCUUCUGGUUGCAUACAAGGAUCAAGUUGCAGAAGCUGCAAAAGAGGAAGAAGCUGAAGAAGAUGAUGAUGAUAUGGAUGGCUUUCAAACUGAUGAUGAAGAUGAAGAUGGCAAUGGUUCUGACAAGGAAAUGGGAGUUGAUGCUGAGGAUGGGGAUGAACAUGAAGCUCACAGUGGUAAACUUAGAAAGUUGGCUGAACAGGCAAAAUCCUUCAGGCCCAACGAUGAGUAUGACGACGACUCUGACGAUGACUUUAGUGAUGAUGAAGAGUUGCAGUCCCCAAUUGAUGAGGUGGAUCCAUUUAUUUUCUUUGUAGAUACGAUGAAAGUUAUACAAGCAGAUUCAUUGAAGUUUCAGAACCUCACUCAGACACUUGAGUUUUCUUAUCAAGCUAUUGCGAAUGGUGUUGCCCAGCAUGCUGAACUAAGAAGAAGAGAGAUUGAAAAUGAAAAAUUAGAGAAGUCAUCAGCUGUCACAGAUUCUUGAGAUUUUUACAUGUACAUUCUUGUUUCUUUUUUUAUUUUAUUUUAUAUUCUUAAUUACUUGCUUUUAUCCCUUACUGACAAGGGGGUAUUUGAGGCAUUUGUUGGUCCUGGUUAGUCUUGUUAUGAUCUUCGAAGAGUUUGCCGUUUUAAAUUACCGAGUUAGUGUGCGGUCAAGUUCCCGUUGAUUUCAGAGGAUGUGGAUUGAGAACAGUGGAGUUUGUUGUUUUAGGUUAUCCUUUGGAUGAGGGUGGCCAUUUUUGCGAUAAUUUGAGGGCCUCUUAGGUACCCAUGUUACCAAUGGGUUUGGUUUGUUUCCAAUACGUGAAAUCUGUCUAUUGUUUAUUUAGCAACGGUGGUAGUUUCUCUUCGUCACGUAGACGGGUAAACUAGGGCCACCAUACUUGCUUUUGGUAAUUUUUGGAUGAGGAUAGAUGCCUAUUCUUUGUAAUUUUCUUAAUCUGAUUUUUGUUCCAAUUUUUGUGGCUUAAGAAUAUGCGAACGAAAUGAUCAAUUUCUAAGUUUCUUCGAUAUUUAUUUAUGUAAAUGGUAGAAUAU